AUGGAUAACGGGAGAUCGCUCUGGGCCUCCUUGGUCCUCCUGAACCUCCUCAUCACCUCCAGGGCGCUCCUCACCCCCCGUAUCUCCUUUCCUUUGGGAAGUCCAGGGAGGCCCCUCACUGUCUUCAACAUGUCUGGCGUAGACAAUACCACCACGCUGUUGCUAAGCAACGACGAGAACACGCUGUUUGUGGGAGCACGAGACUCUAUCCUGGCAUUAGACAUCAGCCAUCCCUGGGCCAUCGACAUUAAAAACAGGCUGGACUGGUCACCCACAGAGAAAGAUCUGGCAGACUGCUCUAUGAAAGGCAAAAAGAAGACAGACUGCCCAAACUUUGUGAGGGUGCUCCAGGUCCUAAACUCCACUCACAUGUAUGCCUGCGGAACAUUUGCCUUCAGUCCACGCUGCACAUACAUCAACACUCAGAACUUCGCCUUGGCAACGGGCCCCAGCGGGAAACCUGAAGAAGGCAGAGGUCGCAGCCCAUAUGAUCCCUAUCAAAAGAACAUUGCCAUCACUGUGGAUGGAGAGCUGUACACAGGGACAGUUGCUGAUUACAUGGGCAAUCGGCCAGUCAUCUCCCGACACUUGAGCGAGGGCAGUCAUGUUGACCUGAAGUUGGAUGACACGCCGGGGUGGUUAGAGGAACCCACCUUCAUCAGUUCUGCGUUCGUGCGAGGUGAGGAGAAGGUCUAUUUCUUCUUCAGCGAGGUCGGCCGAGAGUACGACUUUCUCGAAAAGUUCACCGUGUCACGUAUCGCACAAGUCUGCACGAGUGAUGUGGGAGGCCAGCGCACCCUGCAGAAGCGCUGGACAACUUUUGCCAAAGCUCAGCUCCUCUGCCAAGCUGAGAAAGAACUGCCUUACAAUGUCCUCCAGGACGUUUUCACCCUCUCACCACCAGAGGGCGCCUCUGACGAGGACACACUGUUCUAUGGCAUUUUCAGACCUCAGUGGCCGAUAAAUUCAGGACGGUCAGCGGUCUGUGCCUUCAGUCUUGGUGACAUCAAGGCAGUUUUUUCGGGGAAUUACAAAGUUCUAAACAGAGACAGCCUCCGAUGGACCACGCGUGUACAGGAGAAAAUAGCCAAUCCUGGAGAGUGUGGCCUCCACAACGCCUCAGACAACACACUGCGUUUUGUGAAAGAGAAUUUUCUGGCCGAUGCCAGCGUACAGCCUACGAAACGACGCAUCACCCUGGCGUCGGCCGACCAGGAUUACAGCAACAUCGCCGCUCAGAGGGUACGGGCAGCUAACGGCAAGGAGCACACCGUCCUCUACCUGCUUACAGAGUUGGGAUACCUCCAUAAAGCAGUUCUUUUGGAGGAAGGAGCCCACAUCAUUGAGGAGGUGCAAGUGUUCAGGCAACCACAGCCAAUGAAGAACCUUCUGCUGUCCCUCCUGAAGGGAUCGGUGUUUAUCGGUACGUCCGAGGGAGUGACCCGGGUACCGCUGUCAAACUGCUCGUUCUACCCGAACUGUGCCGAGUGCGUGCUGGCCCGAGACCCGUUCUGCGGCUGGGACCAUUCUCGCGGCCUCUGUGCCGACGUCUCCACCAUCCAGGGCAGCACUGGUCAGGAUGUCGAUGGAGGGAAUGUCUCAGUGGCAUGUCGAGCUCCUCCUGUUGUCACCCCCAGGUCAUCCAGACCCACUGCAGCCUCCUGUGAGCUGGUUUUGGUGUCCCUGAACGAAGUGGUGCGACUGAAGUGUCCAGAGGCGUCACGAUUGGCCACCAGACACUGGCAAAGGCCCAAUAGCAGGCUCUCGCCGGACCUUUACCUGAAACAACAGGACGGCAGCCUCCAGUUUCUGGCCACGCCCAUCACUCUGGGACAUUACAUGUGCCAGGCCGAGGAAAACGGUUUUCAGCAGACCCUGGCCAUCUACCAGGUCAAACAGAAGAGUUCCACCACCCUGCAUCCCCCGACCACCACCCGGCACCAGGGCAAGGCCACUGUUGAGGUAGGGAAGUUAGCCCCCACACCCAGGUCGGUCCCUCCUAAACAGCCGGACAUCAGAGCCAAAGAGCCGGAACUGGCCGUGACCAAAAAGGACGCCAACGCGGGCUCCACCCGCCGCACCGGCCGGAACUUCACCCUCUGGUUUGACUCCUCGCAGGCGAAGCAACCGCGUGACAGCGUCGGAGAAGAGCCCUUGCACGGCACCCAGCCGAGCUACCUGCAGGAGCUGGUGGUGGUGUCCGUGCUGCUAGCUUUGUGCAUUAGCAUUUUGCUAACCAUCGCGCUGUACGGUCUGAGGCAGCGUUGUCGCGGCAGGACCAUAACUCAGGUCUGCCCCCGUAAGGAUGCCGAGAGGGGCACGGGGGCGGCCACCCCCCAAGAGAGGGAAUCCCUGCAAGGCCAUUCGCCUCGUACCGCCAAGUGCAACGGUCAGGCGCAAAACGGACAGGCCCAAAACGGGAAAUCGCCCAUUUCCAUCAGCAAUGGUUCACUCAGUGGUUCUAAUGGGCAUCUCCCUAACACGCCCAUCUGAUGUCUGAACCUGUGACGUUACUUGGUCAUUUUCUAGCUGUUUCGAAUGCUGUAACCAAUGCUGAGCUGUCCUAAGACUUUACCUGUAUCACCAAUCCACUCACUGCCCUUCUCAACCACUAUGUACUAUGGGAAUCGUUCCCCUGAGUUAAGCACCAGU